CAUCUGCACCGAUGACUGACCCCGUACCUUGAGAAGGAAGAAUUGAUUCCGUAAUGGCUUCAUCCUUAUUUUUUCUGGUUUUGCCGGUGCCAACUUCACUCUCAUUCCAAGUACAAACCCAUCAGCUUUUGCUCUCUCUUUCUGGGUGUGAUUAUAUCAUUUGAAAAUUCAAGAACAGAACUUAAACCUCCCCUUUUUAAGUGAUGAUCCUCACGUUUUUUGCCUCUCUUCCAACAAUGCAAACAUGCCUUCUAUCGGGACUCUUUUCUUCCUUAAACCCUUCCAUAUUAAUCCCUCCUUCCCCUUUCCAGUUUUGCACUGGAGACUUUGAUUCCUAUAGGUAACUUACCUUUGUUGAAUAUGGUUGAUGGUGCUUUUGAAGCUCCAAUAGUCAUUGCAGGAAAGCAGUGUUCUUGACAUUUCGAAAGCUUAAAUUCAGGUUCAGAUUUAGGUGAGUGUUGUAUGGACACCUGUGAAAGGAAAAUACCGAUGCAGUUGCUAUGGUUGACGUGGAAACAGCUGCUGUUGCACUCAUCGUGGACCUCUUUCCUAUUAAAUAGGUUGUUUGUGUUUCUAACAUAUUGAACUUCCAAACAUUUUUCUUUCGUAGGCCCUUUGGUGUUUUUCUUGUAAACUUUAAGACUUAUGAUAGCUACUUCUGUGAUCGUAAUAUAUGAUGCCUUGUCUUUUUCUAGCUUUGUUUGCCAAACAAGAAUAAAAUUCUAUUACUCAAAAUGAACUCUUGAGAGACAUCAUUCUUGCUAGUAAAGCAUGGAAUGUGACAAUUAUCACCAAUGUCAUGGGAGUUUCUGGGAGUUAUUUCACAAAGUUCUGUAUUGCAAUAAGCCCUUUCAAGAAUCUUAUUAGCUCUUGGGUAGCACUAACCAUGUUUAAGUGUGGAUUGAACUUUAAGUUCAAUUCCAAAACAUAUAAAGGAAAAACAAAAGAAAAGUGUUUUUUUUUCAACCAAAGAAACACCAGGAAAAACAAUUAACAGUUUUCAUUACGAUGGCAUGCCAUUCAUCAAUGAAUAACAUAAGGCAACAUGAUAUUCCGUCUUUUGAUGAACAAGAAUAAUGUGGUGCGGUGCUUUUGGCUUCCUUAAAUGUUCCUUUCAUUCUUUUUCUCAUUAAGUCCUGCCCAGUUGCAUAUGGAAACAGAGGAAAUGAAAAUACAGGGUUUUUUUUCACCCUCUUUUGCAUAUUGUUUCCAAUUACUUUUGAUUUCCAUAUAUUUCCUAGAAAACAUUGUCCUAAGGAAAUAUGUUUGUCAUUAUUACUAUUAUUAAUGUUCACAGCCACACAUUCAUAUAUCACUAACUUGGUUCUUCUAUUAAUUAUUACCUUCUUAUUGAAGUUUAUUUAUGGUUGUUACUAGUUUUAUUUGAGAUGAGUUUUAUUAUUGUUCUUGUUGAUAAUGAUGAUGUUAAAAGUUAAAGGAUUUGUUGGGAUCCUCUAAUCUUUGCUUCCUUUUCUAGCUGCAGUAGUAACAAUUUGUACUUUAAAAGCAAAAUUAAAUAAGUCUAUUUACAGCCAUAUUUCUUAUGAGCUAUUAUAGGUACAAUGAUGUAAUCUGUUGUGAUUUUGAGAAGGUCACUUUGCAUUAUGUGUUUUUGGACAUGUGUAAUAGUUGAAGCAAACGCUUGUAUCCUUUCUGUUCUCUUGAAUUGCAUUUCUGAUGGUGAUAAUAGAACUAGUUUCUCAGUUUGGAUGAGAAAUGUUUAUGCUGGUAUUUUUUUCUUUGGAUCCAUAGCUUGUAGAUUGCCAUGUCUGCUUUUAUCAAUUUAAGUCUAGUAGAUCAAAAUGGCAUCAAUCAGUGAGUGUUUGAAACUUAACAGUUCAUUUCUUAAUAGGUAGUUCAAUUUUUUCUAUCAGUGGUUAACUGGUUAUAUUAUUCUGCUUAUGCCGAAAAGCAAAAAGUUAUUGGAAAGAAUAAAGUCCAAAGGCUUUAAGGAGGACUCAAAUAGAGGACUAACUGAUCUAUCUUAGGAAGAGCCCUGGAAAUUCUGGUGUCAAACAAGGCCUUUGAUUUCUCUUGUAAAUCUGAUAAUCCCCUGUGUGACUUUUUCAUAAGUCGCCUGCUGUGAUCAGGUUAUUCUUGUGUGUUAUGAUAUCUCUUGUUCUAUUGUUGAAUUGCUCUUAGGUUGAUAAUGUUUCUUAUCUGGCUGGAUAAUCUGUCGUCUAUUUUGUAACGGCCGUAAAUAGAGUCAUCUGUUUUUUCCAAACUUGUAGACAGAAUACUCAAUUUGCCUUUGAAAGGUAAAGAUGGCAGUUAUUUCAGUGGUCCACUGGUUUUCGCCGUAUGUCAUUAUCCCGUUGAACUUUUCUGUCAUCUUAGCAAACAUGCUAAGUAAGCUGUAUUUUCUUUUGUGUUCCAUAUACAAAAAUUCAAAUACGGUGUUCUUGUUCAUUUUUUUUAUUCAGGCGCGUUUCAGAUUUUGAUUCAUAAAACACGUGGAAAGAACGGGAACACGUGGCUUUAAAAGUAUUUUGAUUCUUCCUGAGAAUCGCCUUUUAAGUGCCUCUUUCUUAUAAAAAGAGUCUGGGUCUGAGUUGUUUCUCUGGUGGCAGAAACAAGGGGGAAUUCUUUUAAGCACUCUCAAGAGAUCAUCAUUUUCCCUAUGGCAGACGAGGAUUCCUCAGGGCCAAUUCCUGAUCGCUGGAUGUUGGUUGUCAAAAAACAGAAGGAUGGAUCUAGUCUUUCGUACUACACAUGUCCGGAGAGUGGGCAAAAGUUUGACUCCUAUGAAGAUCUCAUGCGAUACGUGAACUAUGCACAAGCUGCUAAGCUUUCCAUGUACGCUGCUGAUUUUCGUCCCCUGAAACCUUCCCGCAGGUCAAAUAAAAGAGCUAGCAGGCCAGAACCUAGCGAGAAAAGCUUGGAUUCCGAUGACUCGACAUUCGAAUUGCCUGAAAUUGCUCCAAUCAACCUUCUGGAUGAGAUGAGUCCGGCAGAGUUCGGGAAGCAAUCUGCCUCCAGCAAAAUGAAGUUGGAGAGGAAGGCAGCUCCGAACGAAGAUUGCAGCGGCAGCAUGGGAAAGGCCAAGAAACAGAAGAAGUAAGCAAGUGGAAGAUGGGUGAAGGUUUGAUCAGCCAAGUUCGUGUUGUGUGUUUGUUUAGUAUAAUGAAUAAAUGAAGCAAAACAAAACGAAGUGUUUUGUGUACUUUGUUUUUACCCAUUUGUGAGGCUGAUCAAAAUGGAAUAAAUUACUCUAU